CAAAACCUCACCGUAAGAAGUAAACAGACCAGAACAGCUGCUUGCAUGCGCAUGCCCAGGCCGCAGGCACGAAGGCGUGAGCCUAACUUAGCACAGAGCUAGACGCAAUGAUUAGCAGCACCAAGCAAGGUUCCAGCGCACCAAGUCGUCUCCACUUGGGCCCAAGCACGCAGCGGGGCCUUCCCACUCCUAGCUGCAACACUGGAGCCCAGAAAUUCCUCGGACGCCCCGUGGGGCACGACUGCCACCUGUGGCCAGGACAAGGGGCUCCUCGCGCGCCGGAGAGCCCCCUUCCUCAGCUCUCCCUCCAGCUCCCGACUUCCCUGGAACGGAAGGGCCCCCACAGGCGGCCGGCGCGGGCAAUCUUUGCCUGGCCGAGUCCUUGAAGUCUAUAUUUAGUUCUCGACACCCCUCCCAGCCCCGAGGUUGGGGGGAGAGGGCACAGCCCCGCCCCCGCCGGGCGGGCGCGCUGUGGGGGUGGGGUGGGGGAGUGUCUGGGGCUCGCGCAGUUGCGCGCCCUUCACCUUGCUGCACCGAGGCGCGGCCGCUGCCCUGUGCCCCUCGUCCCGCCGGGCGUCGCGAGCCAACAUGGGCCAGGAAGAGGAGCUGCUGAGGAUCGCCCGAAAGCUGGAGAAGAUGGUGGCUAGAAGGAACACGGAAGGGGCCCUGGACCUUCUGAAGAAGCUGAACAGCUGUCCAAUGUCCAUCCAGCUGCUUCAGACAACCAGGAUCGGGGUUGCUGUUAAUGGGGUUCGCAAGCGUUGCUCAGACAAGGAAGUGGUGGCCUUGGCCAAAGUCCUCAUCAAAAACUGGAAACGGCUACUGGAUUCUCCAGGAUCCUCCAAAAGACAGGAAAGAGAAAAAGCAAAGAAGAAGAAGAAAAAGAAGGAGAAGGAGAAACGACUUGACUGUUCAAAUUGGAAGUCAGAAGCAGCCCUUUCCCCACCCAGGAAGAAACGAGAGGAAGAACCCAAGAACAGGCGAGACUCUGCAGACUCUAGGUCUUCUGCUACCUCCUCUCCAAAAAGGCCACCGAUGGAAAGAUCGAACAGCAGCAGCAAGUCAAAAGCGGAGACCCCUAAAACACCCAGCAGCCCCCUGACUCCCACCUUUGCCCCCUCGGUCUGCCUCCUGGCUCCCUGCUAUCUCACAGGGGACUCUGUCCGGGACAAGUGUGUGGAGAUGCUGGCAGCAGCUCUGAAGGCAGAAGAUGAUUACAAGGACUAUGGAGUCAACUGUGACAAGAUGGCAUCAGAAAUUGAAGAUCAUAUCUACCAGGAGCUCAAGAGCACCGACAUGAAGUACCGGAACCGUGUGCGCAGCCGUAUCAGCAACCUCAAGGACCCUAGGAACCCCGGGCUCAGGCGGAAUGUGCUCAGCGGGGCCAUCUCCUCCGGGCUCAUCGCCAAGAUGACAGCAGAGAUGCAGACGCGCAGCGCUGAUGAGCCCAUGACUACCUUUGUCUUAUGCAACGAAUGCGGACACCGCUGGAAGUUCUGCUGACAGCUCCACCCACCAAGCCAACAGUGAAGGACGUGAGAGGACAUGGAGGAAGUGUAAGCCACCUGCCACCUCGCCUGGAGAAAAAUAAAUAUGAAAAGGAAGAAGAGUCCUGCACUCGUAGUGAGGCAGCAGGAUCAGAAUGAGAGUUCCUUUACCAAUUAGUAAAGUUAUUGAUAAUGACCCGCUAAUAGAGGAGCCUAGUCGGAGCACCAGGCUAAAAUCUGUUGAUAAACUUCUUGUGGAAAAAGCCUUA